AUGAGCGGACUGUCCGAAGCAAGUGCCGAUAGAAUUACCAACCUUCCUGUGGAGGUGAUUCAGCGGAUUCAGUUAUUGUUGCCCACCCCACUUGCUGCCCGAAUGGCCACCUUGUCAACAAAGUGGAGGCGCCAUUGGAGAAGUAUCCCUCGACUUGAGUUCUUGGCUGCCAACUCAGCUGAUCAAGACGAGAUGAUGAUGAACAAGUUUAUGUUCACCGUAUACAAAGUUCUCUUGCUUCAUGAUGGGCCAAUAACAAAUUUUCGGCUUGUGUUUGGUGGAAUAAGCCCCUGCUUACACAAUGAGAUUGAUCAAAUCAUCAUCUAUCUUUCUGAUAGAGGUCUCCGUGAGUUCACCUUUAGCUUUCAUUCCCCUGACAGUGUGAUUUACAAUAUCGUUUUCUACGGGGAGUUUCAGAGAAUCUGCUUCAAGGGUACUCCACGUCUGAAGGAAGUUAAUAUUUGUGACUAUAAACACAACGAAAACGUCGAGACGACUUCAGAUAUGGUAGCUUUCUUUGCUUCUCUGCCAACACUCCAAGAAUUUUCUGCUGACUUUAAGUUCUUAGAAUACCUUGCUGCAGGUUAUAACAACGUCCCCACCAGGCUUCCUGCUCCUCGGCACAAGUUAAAAAUCCUCCAGAUCUAUAAUUUUGACUUUGGCAGCUUGAGGAAUGUGCGUGCUAUUGUUUGUCUGAUUAUGAGUUCCCCCAAUUUGUAUGAGCUCAAGAUUCAGAUCGACACUGAGCUAAAUCAGCCCGCAACUAAUGAUGCGGUACCAAGCUUAGUAACCUUGUUGGAAGCAGAACACUGCGGUGGAUCCGGUUGUUGUUUACAUCGCCUUAAAGUGCUCGAGGUCACUCUUGUUCGUGGGACACAGGUUGAGUUGGAGCUCGUAAGGUUCAUACUAGCCACUGCCCCACUACUUGAGAGGGUUCAUAUUUUCCCCGAUCGCCGCAAGUUGAAGCUCAGAAAGGCUUUUAAAUUCAUAAAGACGAUGAUGCAGUAUAAGCGUGCUUCUAAAGAAGCUGAGGUCAUAUAUGCAGAGACUUACUUGGCACUGUUACGUUAA